AUGUUGCAGAUGAUACAUUCCGAAGAUGAUGUGCACCGAACCCGAGUUUCGGGAACCUCGCACCCAUUCACCGCCACGGCUCAUGCUUCCGAUGGCAAACUACAUCUCCUCCUAGCCGCCAGCGGAUCCGUUGCAACCAUCAAGAUCCCCAAUAUCCUAUCCGCUCUGUCACAUCAUUCAAAUCUCUCCAUCUGUGUAAUUCUCACCAGAUCCGCUACCAAUUUCCUACAGGGUCAAAGUACUGAACAACCCCAUAUCGAUACUUUAAAUCGAUAUGCCAAUGUACAAGGAGUAUUUCUGGACGAAGAAGAAUGGGUUCAUCCCUGGAAACGUGGCCAAAGUAUUCUGCAUAUUGAGUUGAGGAGAUGGGCACACAUGCUUGUUGUUGCACCAUUGAGCGCCAACACUCUAGCGAAGAUUACUGGUGGUUUUAGUGAUAAUUUGCUUACCAGUGUGGUGAGAGCUUGGGAUACUACUGGGGAGUUAGAAGUUCCUGCUCAGAAUGGCACGGAUACGGAGAAGUUGUUCAAAGGGAAGAAGAGGAUUAUUGUGGCUCCGGCGAUGAAUACUGCUAUGUGGAGACAUCCUAUUACGAAAAGUCAAAUCAAGAUAUUGGAGCAGGAAUGGGGUAUUGUCCCUGAUGGAGAGGAAUUAGGUAUUGGUACCGAUGGAGAGGAGGGCCCAAGAUGGUUCGAAGUUCUGCGACCUCAGGAAAAAGAGUUGGCUUGUGGGGAUAUAGGAGAUGGGGCUAUGAGAGACUGGAAGGAGAUUAUAGUGAUGGCACGUCAAGCAGAACAUCAAAAAGGCCAUCUUACCGCUCAUCGCAGAUCUGGUGAUCAAAAAGAAGCGCAUGCGGCAAAAUCGAAAACUUCAAGAAUUAAAACAUACAAGGUAUCCAAGGUUUUAUCACCACCAAAGAACCUCCGAGAACGAACGAAGAAAAGUGUUAUUGUCAAACCAAUUGCUAAGAAUGAUGUUUGGAAACUCCAACAUGUUGACAAACAUGCACGUUCAUCUCAGAUUUCAAAGCAUGUUCAUGUAGUCGAGCCAUCUUCUGAACCUGAUAAUCUUACCGUGGCCUUUCAUGAAUCUCUCGAAGAAGCAAGAACCCACAUUCUAAACACUGGAAAAGCAGCUUUUGACGAAGUUCACGCGGUUCUCAUCCAGAAACUUGCCGAUAAGAAGGCAAAGGACCGUUCGUUCCUCGAAAACAAUUUCAACAAUGCAACAGCCCUCGGCGCGCCAUUAGCCGGCGAGAAAAUCCAGACUACGGUACAACAUAAGAACCGACGAGUUUCCGAAAUCGUCGAGAUUGGCAAGCAGGUUGAUCAUUUCAACCAGACCAUCGAAGAUGAAGAAAAGAAGCUAGAGGAAUAUUGGAAACAGUAUGAGAGCUUGCAAAGUGAGUUUGUCAAACUUGCUGCUCAGGUUUUCGGUGGCGAGGCUGUAGGAGAAUGCGACGAGGAUGAGGGUUAUCGUAAUGAUAUAAAAUUGUUAGAUACCCAAUAUGCAACUCAGAUAAAUACAUUGUUGGAAGGAGUUAAUGAAGUAGGAGAUGAGGCUAUAAAGAAGAUGAAAGCUUCGGAAAAGGAAAUUGAUGGCAAAACGGACAAAGUACGACAAAAGUUCAUGACGGCAAUGUUUUGGUAA